AACUAAAAAUGUAUCGAACGCUACUACUCAGAUUUCUAGUUCUACUAUGAGUGAGAAUACAUUCCAUACCUCAACUGAGAGAUUUAUUCCUACAAUAAGUGAGAACACAUUCCACACUACAACUGAGAGCUCUACUUCUACCCUAUAUGAAAAUACAUUCAACACUGCAACUGAGAGAUCUACUCCUACUAUAAGUGAAAGUAUAUCCCAUUCUACUAUUCAGAGAUCUACUCCUACCAUAAGUGACAAUAUAUUCCAUUCUACAACUGAGAGAUCUACUCCUACCACAAGUGAGAAUGCAUUUCAUUCUACAACGGAGAGAUCUACUCCUACCACAAGUGAAAAUAUAUUGAACUCUACUAUUCAGAGGUCUAGUUCUACCGUAAGUGAGAAUACAUUCCAGACCACAACUGAGAGAUCCAUUCCCACCAUACGUGAGAAUACAUUUCACACUACAACUAAGAGAUCUACACCUGCCAUAAGUGAGAAAACAUUCUUCACUACAACUGAGAGAUCUACUCCUACCGUAAGUGAGACUAUAUUCCACACCAAAACUGAGAGAUCUACACCUACCAUAAGUGAGCAUACAUUCUACACUACAACUGAGAUAUAUACUCCUACCAUAACUAAGAAUACAUUCCACCCUACAACUGAGAUAUCUACUCACACAAUAAGUGAGCAUAUAUUCCACACCAUAACUGAGAGAUCUACACCUACAAUAAGUGAGAAUACAUUCCACACCACAACUCAGAGAUCUACACCUACCAUAAGUGAGAAUACAUUCCACACCACAACUCAGAGAUCUACACCUACAAUAAGUGAGAAUACAUUCCACACUAAAUCCGAGAGAUCUACACCUUCCAUGAGUGAGAAUACAUUUCACACUACAACUGAGAGAUCUACACCUACCAUAAGUGAGAAUACAUUCCACACCACAACUGAGAGAUCUACACCUACGCUAAGUGAGAAUACAUUUCACACUAAAUCUGAGAGAUCUACACCUACCAUAAGUGAAAAUACAUUCCACACCACAACUGAGAUAUCCACACCUACCAUAAGUGAGAAUACAUUCCACACUACAACUGAGAGAUCUACUCCUACCAUUAGUGAGAAUACAUUCCACACCACAACUGAGAUAUCCACACCUACGCUAAGUAAGAAUACAUUCCACACUAAAACUGAGAGAUCUAUGCCUACCAUACGUGAGAAUACAUUCCACACUACAACUGAGAGAUCUACUCCUACCAUUAGUGAGAAUACAUUCCACACCACUACUGAGAGAUCUACACCUACCAUAAGUGAGAAUACAUUCCACACUAAAACUGAGAGAUCUACACCUACCAUAAGUGAGAAUACAUUCCACACUACAACUGAGAGAUCUAUGCCUAACAUAAGUGAGCAUACGUCCCACACCACGACUGAAAUAUCUACUACUACCAUAAGUAAGAAUACAUUCCACACCACAACUGAGAUAUCCACACCUACCAUAAGUGAGAAUACAUUCCACAUUACAACUGAGAGAUCUACACCUACGCUAAGUGAGAAUACAUUCCACACUAAAACUGAGAGAUCUACACCUACCAUAAGUGAGAAUACAUUCCACACUACAACUGAGAUAUCCACACCUAACAUAAAUGAGAAUACAUUCCGCACUACAACUGAGAGAUCUACACCUACCAUAAGUGAGAAUACAUUCCACAUUACGACUGAGAGAUCUACUCCAACCAUAAGUGAGAAUACAUUCCACACCACAACUGAAAGAUCUACGCCUACCAUUAGUGAGAAUACAUUCCACACCACAACUGAGAGAUCUACACCUACGCUAAGUGAGAAUACAUUCCACACUAAAACUGAGAGAUCUACACCUACCAUAAGUGAGAAUACAUUCCACACCACAACUGAAAGAUCUACACCUACCAUAAGUGAGAAUACAUUCCACACCACAACUGAGAUAUCCACACCUACCAUACGUGAGAAUACAUUCCACAUUACAACUGAGAGAUCUACACCUACCAUAAGUGAGAAUACAUUCCACAUUACAACUGAGAGAUCUACUCCUACCAUAAGGGAGAAUUCAUUCCACACCACAACUGAAAGAUCUACUCCUAUCAUAAGUGAGAAUACAUUCCACACCACAACUCAGAUAUCCACACCUACGCUAAGUGAGAAUACAUUCCACACUUCAUCUGAGAGAUCUAUGCCUACCAUAAGUGAGAAUACAUUCCACACCACAACUGAGAGAUCUAUGCCUACGAUAAGUGAAAAUACAUUCCACACCACAACUGAGAGCUCUAUGCCUACCAUAAGUGAGAAUACAUUCCACACUACAACUGAAAGAUCUACUCCUACCAUAAGUGAGAAUACAUUCCACACUACAACUGAGAGAUCUACACCUACCAUAAAUGAGAAUACAUUCCACAUUACAACUGAGAGAUCUAUGCCUACCAUAAGUGAGAAUACAUUCCACACCACAACUGAGAGCUCUAUGCCUACCAUAAGUGAGCAUACGUUCCACACUACAACUGAAAGAUCUACACCUACCAUAAAUGAGAAUACAUUCCACACCACAACUGAGAUAUCCACACCUACCAUAAGUGAGAAUACAUUCCACAUUACAACGGAGAGAUCUACACCUACGCUAAGUGAGAAUACAUUCCACACAAAAACUGAGAGAUCUACACCUACCAUAAGUGAGAAUACAUUCCACACCACAACUGAGAUAUCCACACCUAACAUAAGUGAGAAUACAUUCCACAUUACGACUGAGAGAUCUACUCCUACCAUAAGUGAGAAUACAUUCCACACCACAACUGAAAUAUCUAUGCCUACCAUUAGUGAGAAUACAUUCCACACCACAACUGAGAGAUCUACACCUACGCUAAGUGAGAAUACAUUCCACACUAAAAAUGAGAGAUCUACACCUACCAUAAGUGAGAAUACAUUCCACACCACCAGUGAGAGAUCUACGCUUAUGAUAAGUGAGAAUACAUUCCACACCACAACUGAGAGAUCUAUUCCUACCAUAAGUGAGAAUACAUUCCACACUACGACUGAAAGAUCUACUCCUACCAUAAGUGAGAAUACAUUCCACACCACAACUGAGAUAUCCACACCUACCAUAAGUGAGAAUACAUUCCACACCACAACUGAGAGAUCUACACCUACGCUAAGUGAGAAUACAUUCCACACUAAAACUGAGAGAUCUACACCUACCAUAAGUGAGAAUACAUUCCACACUACAACUGAGAGAUCUAUGCCUAACAUAAGUGAGCAUACGUCCCACACCACGACUGAACGAUCUACUACUACCAUAAGUAAGAAUACAUUCCACACCACAACUGAGAUAUCCACACCUACCAUAAGUGAGAAUACAUUCCACAUUACAACGAAGAGAUCUACACCUACGCUAAGUGAGAAUACAUUCCACACCACAACUGAGAUAUCCACACCUACCAUAAGUAAGAAUACAUUCCACACUACAACUGAGAGAUCUAUGCCUAACAUAAGUGAGCAUACGUCCCACACCACGACUGAAAGAUCUACUACUAAAAUAAGUAAGAAUACAUUCCACACCACAACUGAGAUAUCCACACCUACCAUUAGUGAGAAUACAUUCCACACCACAACUGAGAGAUCUACACCUACGCUAAGUGAGAAUACAUUCCACACUAAAAAUGAGAGAUCUACACCUACCAUAAGUGAGAAUACAUUCCACACCACCAGUGAGAAAUCUACGCUUACGAUAAGUGAGAAUACAUUCCACACCACAACUGAGAGAUCUAUGCCUACCAUAAGUGAGAAUACAUUCCACACCACAACUGAGAGAUCUAUGCCUACCAUAAGUGAGAAUACAUUCCACACUACGACUGAAAGAUCUACUCCUACCAUAAGUGAGAAUACAUUCCACACCACAACUGAGAGAUCUAUGCCUACCAUAAGUGAGAAUACAUUCCACACUACGACUGAAAGAUCUACUCCUACCAUAAGUGAGAAUACAUUCCACACCACAACUGAGAUAUCCACACCCACCAUAAGUGAGAAUACAUUCCACACCACAACUGAGAGAUCUAUGCCUACGAUAAGUGAAAAUACAUUCCACACCACAACUGAGAGCUCUAUGCCUACCAUAAGUGAGCAUACAUUCCACACUACAACUGAAAGAUCUACUCCUACCAUAAGUGAGAAUACAUUCCACACCACAACUGAGAGAUCUAUUCCUACCAUAAGUGAGAAUACAUUCCACACUACAACUGAAAGAUCUACUCCUACCAUAAGUGAGAAUACAUUCCACACCACAACUGAGAUAUCCACACCUACCAUAAGUGAGAAUACAUUCCACACCACAACUGAAAGAUCUACACCUACGCUAAGUGAGAAUACAUUCCACACUAAAACUGAGAGAUCUACACCUACCAUAAGUGAGAAUACAUUCCACACUACAACUGAGAGAUCUAUGCCUAACAUAAGUGAGAAUACAUUCCACACCACAACUGAAAGAUCUACACCUACAUUAAGUGAGAAUACAUUCCACACCACAACUGAGAGAUCUACACCCACUAUACGUGAGAAUACAUUCCACACCACAACUGAGAGAUCUACGCCUACGAUAAGUGAGAAAACAUUCCACACCACAACUGAAAGAUCUACUCCUACCAUUAGUGAGAAUACAUUCCACGCUACAUCUGAGAGAUAUACACCCAAUAUAAGUCAGAAUACAUUCCACACCACAACUGAGAGCUCUAUGCCUACCAUAAGUGAGCAUACGUUCCGUACUACAACAGAAAAAUCUACUCCUACCAUAAGUGAGAGUACAUUCCACACUACAACUGAGAGAUCUACGCCUACGAUAAGUGAGAAUACAUUUCACACUACAUCUGAAAGAUCUACUCCUACUAUAAGUGAGAAUUCAUUGCACUCCACAACUGAGAGAACUACUCCUACCAUAAGUAAGAAUACAUUCCACAUUAAGACUGAGAGAUCUAUGCCUACCAUAAGUGAGAAUACAUUCCACACCACAAGUGAGAGAUCUACGUCUACGAUAAGUGAAAAUACAUUCCACACCACCACUGAGAAAUCGAAUCCUAUCAUAAGUGAGGAUACAUUCCACACAACGACAGAGAGGUUUUCACCUACCAUAAGUAAAAUGACAGCCCACCCUACAACUGAAAAAUCCAAGGCUACUACAAGGAUGAUUACCACUGAGAGCAGUGGUACCACAAAUCAAGAAACAUUCUAUUCUGCAACUGUGGAAAGUGGAACCAUACACACACUCCACACCCUACCAGGAAUUUCAUCUUCAGCUUUAAUUCCUGGAUCUUCCCAUAUAACAACUGAAAGCCAGAGUACUAAGAUAUCGAAGACAACAGAGUCCACAACCCAGACACAUACCAGUAAUGGACUCCAGACAACAGAAACUUGUUUAAAUGAAGGCCACUUGAAUGGAACCUCAUGUGCCUGCCCAGCUAAGUUUUAUGGCUCUCGAUGUCAGUAUGCAAGCCCCACUGUCAAUAUAGUUGAAGUAAAGGUGAUAACAAUUUUUCAACUGAAAAUUACCAACCGUAUUUUUAAUAAAGAUCUCUCUAACACAAGCUCUGUUCAGUAUCACAUGUUGGCUAACAGACUGACUAUAGAGAUGCAGCUCAUUUAUACCGACAUUCAAGAAUUUUAUAUUUCAAACAUUGUCUUCACGAACGGAAGUGUCAAUGCGAGCUUUGAGGUUCAUUUCACUCUAAACAAUGCUCCCAAGGAUCAGUUAAAUAAAGACUUCAAUGACACAGUGAGUGGCAUGGUGGAUAGGCUGCAAGCGGCAAACCAGUCCCAACACUACUGCCAGCAGCAAGAUCUGCUUUGCUUCCGUAAAUCCUCCAUUUCUGCUGUCCAAACUAUUAACUAUACUGACAUUUGUGUUCCAAAUGUGCCGGAAGGAUAUUCCCAGUUCUAUUCUCCUAGUUUUACAGACUCUGUCCUCACAUGUACUUCUGCCUGUUCAUUGGGAGCAAAAAAUCAGUUAAACUGUCACUAUGGGGAAUGCAGAUUAACCCAAUCAGGACCUGUGUGUGUCUGUCCCGAUACAAGUUAUUUUUGGUAUUCUGGAAAUGACUGCCAGUCCCGGAUCAGCAGACCUGGUGUGAUUGCUGGAGUGACGUCUGUUCUGGCCGCUUGCCUCAUUCUCAUUGUCAUUCUUGUGGUGAUAUUGACUUUUCGCAGAGUUCGAAAAUUAGAGAUAAGUUCCAGGGAGAAGAAAGAGUGUGGAAUCCAUUCAUCUGUAGGUCUGCAGACAGGGUUGUAUAUCCCGAAAUACGAUGUAUAAUAUUCUGAAGCUGAAGGAAACAACUGCAAAUAACUGGAGACACUGUUGGAAAUGCCUUGCUAAUGAUCUAAGGUGGCCUUAUAACCCAGGACAUCAAUCUUGAUCAAAAUACUGAGCUCCAAGAACAAGUGUGGUGGUCAUGAAUGGUCUCUGAGCACAUACUGUACCUAAUGCUUUUCUAAUAAACUAUAAUAUUAUAUUCUACAAAUGCAAAGUCAUCUGAUCCGAGUCUGGUAUCUUUAUGAUGGAGGCUGAAGAUGUAAAGUGUAUACGCAAGUCCAGGACAAUUUGUGUCUAUGUGCCCAAGGAAGACCUGCAAGCACAACCAAGCUGUGUUGACAUGGCAUGAUGCACCUUUUGGUUCCUUACCAGCUGGAAGGUUCCAGGUAGUCCAGGACUGCACUAGCGUGGUCAUUGUAAACUGCGGUCCAGGCACAAUUGGUGGUCUACAGUGUUAAGUGGUCCUUAGUCAUUUAUUCUAAUCUCCUAAAGGUAGCGUCAUAUUUGGUUAUUAAUUGGAUGGCUAUGAGGCGAAUCACAUCGGUCACGGUUGAAGCUUUACCAGAACUAAAUGUAGCACUACCCCGAAGGAGCUGCUGGUUUGUUUUGGGCGGCAUGUUACCUCGUGUUUCUCCGAUGU